UUGGAUUUAUUUGCAAUUAAUAUUUUAUUCCAUUUCAGAUGACUAACAGGAACGAGACAAUGGCUCAAAAUCGCCUGAUGCGGGAGUGUAAAAUAAUUUUGGCGAAGGUGCAGCAGUCCGUGGGAAAAAUGACCGGCGACAUCGUUGAUGAAGCAAUAGUGGAAGUUGCUAGCGUACUUCCGCUUUUUACAAUAGAUGCAGCAAUGGAAGUGGAGGAAAAGCUGAAUGAGCAUGAAUACGCCACUGCAAUGGUAAUUUUUACAUUCAAAACCUGGUCGAAACUAAUUACGUAUUUUUUAAAACAGAAAACGCACAUACACACACUGAAGGGCGCUUCUGGAGACGUGGAUCCAGUUAUGCGAAAAUUAUUUGCGGACGAACUGUUGUAUUUUUACAAUUGGGAUGGCAGAAAGGAAAAAAAAGCGUUGUCUAACCUAAAUUUAGUCAACCAGAUUUUAUUUGACGUGUUUGUGACAAAAGGUCGACUGCAGUUUGAAAAAGAGGUGAAGAAAGCCGUGGAACUCAGCCACAAUCGAUUUAAACAUAAGAAAGCAAAGGUUUAAUUUUUUAUUAUUGAAUUAAUUUAAAUUAAUUUGAAUUAAUUUAUUAAUGUAA